AUGGGUGAUUCCGGUCUCCCUAGGUCCCUCCAAGAGAGUUUGGACAAUACCAAAGUCUCUUACGCUCAAUUGGGUAAAUCCGGUUUGAGGGUGUCGGUUCCCAUCUUGGGUGCAAUGUCUUUUGGUUCCAAAGAAUGGCAACCGUGGGUCGUCGAUGACCCUGAACAAGUCGACAAACUACUCAAGGGGGCGUACGAUCGUGGCCUCAACACGUGGGACACGGCCAACGUCUAUUCGAACGGAAUCUCGGAAAAGAUGAUCGGCGCCACCAUCAAGAAGCACAACAUCCCACGUCACAAACUGGUCUUGUUGUCCAAGUGUUUCGGGACGGUCGGGGAAGAACCGAACGUGGUACACAUCAGGUACCCUCAACACCUCAAGAAGAGUAAAGAUUACAUCAACCAGGGAGGGUUGAGCCGAGCGGCCAUCUUCAACGCCGUCGAGGCCAGUCUUGAACGUCUCGGUACAUCGUACCUCGAUCUCCUUCAGAUCCACCGAUUCGAUGCCACCGUCCCGGUCGAGGAAACCAUGAAGGCUUUGCACGAUCUCAUCCAAGCUGGUAAAGUUAGAUAUAUUGGGGCGAGUUCGAUGUGGGCUUACCAAUUCGCCAAGAUGCAACACGCCGCCGAGAUUCAUGGCUGGACGAAGUUCGUUUCCAUGCAGAACCACUACAGUCUGUGUUACCGAGAGGAAGAGAGAGAGAUGAUCCCCUUCUGUCACGAGACCGGUGUGGGCUUGAUCCCGUGGGCCCCCUUGUACAGGGGUCUCCUGGCCCGGCCUCUGGGGUCGGCGAGCACGGCUCGCGAGGAAAGUUCCAAACAGAGUGCCUUCUUCCCCAAGGUCGACGGGGACGACGCCAUCAUCAAACGAGUCAUGGAGGUCGCCGACAAGAAGGGUUGGAAGAUGAGUCAGGUCGCCCUGGCCUGGAUCAUCCAAAAGGGGACCAUCCCGAUCGUAGGGUUCAGCAAUCUGAGUCGGUUGGACGAGGCGGCCGACGUCCGCGGCAAGACCUUGACCGAAGACGAGAUGAAGUACCUCGAGGAACCUUACCUUCCAAAGGCCAUCGUUGGACAUUCCUAG